CUUCACUCAACUAUUUACAGCUUUCCUUUUUCCCUCUUAAAACCAAAAUCACAAAAUCUUUCCCUCUUUUCUUCUCCACCAAAUAAAUCACAAUCUAGGGUUAGGGUUAGGGUUAGGGUUUACCAGUUGCGUCUUUCUUCUUCUCCUUCUUCAAUGGACCUCUCGAAGAAACGCAAGAUAGAGGAGAACGGCGUCGUAUCAGGCGAAGUACACGACUCCUCCUCCAAUUCAAAACUCUCCCCUCACGACGCUCGCAAAAUCAUCGACCGAUUCACUCCCGACCAACUCCUCGAUAUUCUCCAAGAAGCAAUGAUUCGCCACCCCGAUGUUCUUGAAUCAGUUCGUUCGAUCGCCGAUUCCGAUACUUCUCAGCGCAAGCUUUUUAUUAGAGGUCUUGGUUGGGACACCACAACCGAUGGCCUUCGUUCUCUCUUCUCCGCUUACGGUGAGUUAGAAGAAGCUGUUGUUAUUCUCGAUAAAACCACUGGAAAGAGUAAAGGAUAUGGAUUCGUUACUUUUAGGCACGUUGAUGGCGCUUUUCUUGCUCUUAAAGAACCUAGUAAGAAGAUUGAUGGACGUAUGACGGUGACUCAGCUAGCGGCGGCUGGUAAUUCAGGUACGAACACCACUGCGCCUGUUUCUGUUGCUGAUGUUUCGCUUAGGAAGAUUUACGUAGCUAAUGUGCCUUAUGAAAUGGCUUCGGAUAAGCUUUUAGCUCAUUUUGCUUUGUAUGGUGAGAUUGAGGAAGGUCCGUUAGGGUUUGAUAAGCAGACUGGUAAGUGUAGAGGUUAUGCUUUGUUUGUUUACAAGACUCCGGAGGGAGCUCAGGCGGCGUUAGUGGAUCCGGUUAAGACUAUUGAAGGAAGACAGCUUAAUUGUAAAUUGGCUAUUGAUGGGAAGAAAGGGAAGCAAGGUGGUGGUGGUGGUGGUGGUGGGUCUGGUUCAGAUGGGAAUCAGUCUUCGAUGGGGGGUGGUGGUGGUGGUGGACAUUCAGGGAAUGCUUCGGCUCAUCAACCUGGUGGUGGUCAAUUUUCUGGGCCAGGAGGAAUGGGAUCUUACGCUGGCUUUUCUGGUCCUCCUUCUAUGAGUCAUCAUCAUCAUAAUAAUCCAGUGGGAAUGUCUGCAGUGGGUAAUCAAGCGGCGUCGUCUUUGGGUGGUUCUGGGGGUGGAUAUGGUGGCCCUUUUAGUGGUUAUGGUGGAGGACCUGGUUCUGCCGGUUAUGGUGGAUUAGGAGGUGGUCCAGGUGGUGUUGGUGGUGGUGCUUCGUCUAUGUAUAGAUUACCUCCUAAUUCAGGUGGAGGGCCUUCCGGUGGGUAUCCAGAGAGUGGUCAUUAUGGGUUAUCAUCUUCUUCUGCUUAUCCAGGUCAACACCAUCACCAAUCGGGAACUUCUCCUUUGCCAAGGGGUCCUCCAGGAGGAAUGUACCCACCACCGCCUUAUUAUUAAGGUUUGUAACCGCUUGUUGGGCCGCAGAUGCUUUUUAUGGUUCUGGUGAUUGCAGACUAUGUUCUCUGGUUUGAUGAUUGUAUGAUCUAUGGUUUUAAAGCUUACUUCCCUUUCUUCCGCACCUUUAGUGUGUGGUUCAUCUCUGAGUGUAGUAGAAAAAAUUACCGAAGUUUUGUUUAUGUACUUUUGGAAUCUAUGUGUGCCAUCAGGCAUUUUUAAUAAUAACAUAGUUUAGAAAUACAAGUUCUGAUAAUAUUUAAUCUUUUUUCGAUGAAUGUCUUGUUUUUCCCUGUGCAUACUUAUUUUUUCCUCUUUCUAAACAAUGAUAUGUUGUGGCCUUCAAUAAAACUAUUGAGUUAUUUGUAGUGAAA